AUGCGCCUGGAGCUUUCCUGCGUAGUCGUUUUCGACAUUCUCCUCUUUGUGCAGGUGAAUUGCAACAAGUUGAAUGUGGCGAGCUUGAGUGCGGCGCUCGGCGGCAGGGGCGAUAGUUCCGAAGAUGGCGCCUGGACAUUCCAGGCCGCUGCUCCCGCACCGGCGCCGUCACCGAAUUUCCAGACUUUCGACUCUGCUCUGGGUCCCCGUGGCGUGCGUGGUCCUGCGGGGCCGAAGGGCAGAAAAGGACGGACGGGACGGCGAGGCCCGCCUGGACCACCUGGAGGUCUAGGCAUGCCUCCCUUGGGGUCCAUGCCGAUGCCGUUUGCGUAUCCAUAUAUGAUGAGCCCGUUCAUGAACCCGAUGAAUCCGAUGGCCAUGGGCCCGUUCGCGGGAUCUCAGCCUGCGAGCCCGUUCGCGCAAGUCCCUCUAGCAUCUCCUGCUCCAGCUCCAGUCGAGGCCACGACAACGCAGCCAGCGGCCGCCCUGUCGCCCAAGGCUGCAGUGGAGUACUUUCCUGCGGUGCCUGCACCGGCGCCUGCUGCCGUGGAGGCGGCAACGUUCGAUGAAGAGUCGACAGCAGCAUCAGAAAAUGCUGCGCCGGCGACAACGGCACCUGCUCAGCAAGACAUCCUGCCUGUACCCGUGCCAGCAACUAUUCCGGCGAGUUCGCCACACUCUGCUGCAUCGGUUGUCAGAACACCGAUGACUCCGGUGCCCAUACCUGCUCCAGCACCGGCUGCAGCAAGUGCACCGCUCGCCUCUCCUGCGACAGCACCUGUUGCAGUUGCAGCAAGCGCACCAUACUCUGCCACUGCUGGUCCUGGAGGGAUUGUGGCUCCUGCACCAGCUGCCAUUACGCCAAGUGCCCCUAGCACACGUGCCAGAAGUGGCAGCGGUGGUCAGCAAGCCGCACAUUCCAGUGCUCCUUCAGCGUCACAGGGUUCUGGAAACGAACGCGAAGCCGCAAGUGUGCCGGAUGUGCCAGGGCCCGCCAAGUCCACAGCGAACGUCAAUGACAGCUCGCCCGCACGGCAGCCCCACGAACUGCCAGAAACUGGCAGCGCAUCGUCAAGCGAGGCCGAGGCCAAGCAACCCGCCUCAUCUGCCAAGAGGUCUGCCAGUGCUGCAGAGGACAUUCUUGGCGCGCUUGACCAGCUGUCGAGCUUUUAUACUGCAUUGCAGCAGGCCGACUUGGUGGGUGCUUUGGAAGGAGCUGGCCCAUUCACGGUGUUUGCUCCCAGCAAUGAUGCGAUCGAUUUGCUGGGUCCUGGAGUUUUCGAGACAUUGAAAUCUGGACGGAAUUCCGAGUACUUGUUGGACCUGUUGCAGUACCACGUGGUGUACGCCGACGUCCGAAGCAGGGACAUGACGCCUGGACAGACUCUGAUGACUUGGAGCUCAGAAACUGUAACCAUCACUGAAGUGGCGCCAGCGGUUCGACUCAACGGUGAGGCUCAAGUGAUUCAGGCAGACGUGGAGGCUUCGAACGGCAUGGUACAUAUUCUUGCACGUGUUGCGCGGCCCAGCAGCUACAACUUUCCGCCGCCAUUGCAGAACAUCAAGGAACUGACGCAGACAUCUUCGUACUUGGCCACCUUCUCGAGGGGUUUGCAGCUCAACGGGCUCUCUGAACAGUUCUCUGACCCUCGAGCAGAAUUCGCACUGACUGUCUUUAUGCCCACAGACACAGCAUUCCAGAAACUGGGACUGGGCAUAGCUACCUCACUGAUGCUGGAUGCGAACCGCGAACAUCUGCUCUCUUUGAUCCGUAACCAUGCAGUGCAAGGUGUAGUGGACAGUUCCUCGUUGUCACUUGGACAAACCCUGAAAACACUAGCUAACGGGGAAAUCUCGAUUACUUCCCUGGUGCCAACAAUGCUGAUCAAUGAGCUCGCCACUGUGAUAAGUCGUGAUGUCCCUGCAACGAAUGGCAUGAUUCAACUCCUGGAUACCGUUCUCUUGCCGAGCACAUGGCUCUAUCCGGACAAGACGAUCUUGGAAAUCGUUUCCAGAAGUCCAGAUUUGACAAUUCUGCAUAGUGCCCUUGUGCGAGCAGAUCUUGACUGGGUAUUUGCAAGUGCUUCUCCUCAUACUUUGCUUGCUCCGACGGAUACUGCUUUCCAGAAUCUGGGCCCGGGCGUUGCAAGCAGCCUUCUGCUCUCAUCCAACAAAGAUGUUCUCGUCGAUCUGCUGCAGGCGCACGUAUUCAGCGAUCACAGGCGCAGCACGGACAUGGUGGCCAGAGCCAGUUUGGUGACAAAAGACGGCAAGACGGUCAUCGUCGAUUCGCUCAGUCCUUUAACUUUCAACGGAGCAAAGGCCCGCGUGCAGGACGUCCCUGCGACCAACGGACUUCUCCAUGUUUUGGAAGGAGUUGUGCUGCCGAAUGCUUGGCGUUUUCCACAUAGAAGCUUCAUGCAGUUAGCGAACAAGGAAGCAGAUCUUGCAGAGUUUACCCGAGCAGCGACUGCAGCGGGAGUGUUGGAAGAAUUCCAGGCCGACGGCCCAUUCACGGCUUUUCUGCCUAACAACUAUGCCUUCUCGGGACUCGGGAGCUCCUUGGCCACGCUGCUGCAGCCGGAGAACGUCGAGAUGCUCCGAGGUGUGCUCAGAUACCAUGUCGUCGCCGGGGGCCAAGCACUUCUGAGCAGCGAGCUCACAACCCCCCGAGAGCUUGAUACGCUGCUGCCCGGGACGACGGUCCGAGCCGUGCCGUGGACUGACCUCGGCUGGGCGGGCAUCGCCUACGACAGCGCAUCGCCUCCCGUUGUCAUCAACAGCGAGGCACAGGUUCUGAUUAAGGACGUGCUGGCAACAAAUGGGGUGAUACACGUCAUUGAUAAGGUGUUGAUUCCUCCGGGUCUCGACCUCACGACGCCUUCGCCUUUCACAACGUUCCAAAUUAUUGCAAGCAGUCUGGCCCUAGGCCCAGUGCGGAGCCUUUGGAUUUUGCUAAGCAUCGUAUACAUGAGCAGCCAGGCAUAG